AUGCCUAGUGAUCAAUUGAAUCAUAUGUUGAAGUUCUUCAUGGUGUUAACUAUUUCAACAGUAGUAAUUAGUUGUAACUUCAAUCAAGAUACCUAUCCAUUGGAAAAACUAAUUUUGAGUAAUAUAGAAGAAUGUCAAGACUACAAAUUUCCCACAGAUUCCAAGGAGUAUACUCCAGAGAACAAAGUACCAGAAGAUUUUGGACUGUUUGAUUUUAUUAUCAUCGGAGCAGGAUCAACAGGAACGGUCUUAGCAAACCGACUAUCAGAACAGAGAGAGUGGUCCAUCCUUUUGUUAGAAACUGGUGAAUACUCAUCGGAUUUCACUGACAUCCCUUCAAUGGCUCCAAUUAACUUGCAUUCUAAAUACAAUUGGGGUUACAAUUCUACGCCUCAACACAAUUCAUGCCUUGGUACUCCUUCCUGUUUCGUACCAAAGGGGCGAGGCGUGGGUGGUUCCUCCAUCAUAAGCGCUGGUAUUUACAUCCGGGGUAAUCCUAAAGACUACGACCGAUGGGAAGCAAUGGGUAACAAAGGUUGGACAUACAAAGAUGUACAAAAGUAUUUCACAAAGGUGGAAAACAUGUCUUAUUCCAAUAACCAAUUUGUGAAAGAGAAUUCCCAUGGAAACGAUGGACUAGUGAAUGUUGAAUUUGUUAAAUCCAACUUUCUAACAGAAACGUUCUUUAAAAGCCUUCAGGACUUUAAUUUAAAACCUACUGAUGUAAAUUCAAAGGAACAAAUUGGGUACUCUUCGGCUCCCGUUACAACUAAACGAGGAAGAAAAGUUGAUGGAGGUAAGGCAUUUAUAUUGCCCAUUUUAUACAGAAGAAACUUAAGAGUACUCACCAAUGCUUUUGUAACAAAAAUCAAUAUGGCGGGCAAAGUGGCAAAAGCUGUAACUUUUUCUAACAGAGGUCGUUUAUAUAAAGCACGAACGAGGAAGGAAAUUAUAAUUUCAGCAGGAUCAAUAAAUACCCCGCAACUUCUAAUGUUGUCAGGAAUUGGACCUAAGGAACAACUGAGGAAACAUGGCGUAAGACUUGUUCAGAAUCUUCCAGUAGGGUCGACUUUACUAGAACAUCCAGUGUAUCAUGGUUUAACGUUCACCAGUAACUUGAAGUAUCCCACGAAAUCAUUUCGGGAACACAUUCGUGACUACUUGUGUGAAACAGGUCUGUUGACUAAGUCAUUCGGAAUAUCUGCAGUUGGUUUUUACAAAACUAAUUUAACUGCCCAUGAAGGCACUCCAGACCUGGAGUUGUUAUUUGGAGAAGUUAACUGUAAUGAACUACAUUCCACGUCAAAUAAUCUUCAAGAUUACAAUCUAAAUCUGAAGGGUAAUCAUUGUUUUGCGAUUUACCCCAUAGUACUACAUCCGAAAUCUAAAGGGAGUGUACUCCUAAAAAGUAAAGACCCUUUUGAAUUUCCACAAGUAGAUCUAAAAUUAUUAUCUGAUCUUGAACAAUAUGACUCCAAAAUACUACUUGAGGGUAUUAAAUUAGGUCUCAAAUUGGUACAAACUGAGGCAUUCAAAAAAAUAAGGGCCAGGCUAGCAACACCUCCCCUUAAACCAUGUUCCCUGUACAAGUUUUCAUCAGAAGAAUAUUGGAACUGUACUAUCCCUUAUUUUACUCAUUCCAUGUUUAAUAUAGUUGGUACGUGUCCAAUGGGUACUGAUCCUAAAGAAGAAGCUGUGGUAGACCACAACUUAAAUGUACACGGAGUAAAGAACUUGAGAGUGGCUGAUUCAAGUGUCUUUCCUUCUACCAUGAGUGGUCAUCCACAUGCCACUUGUUUGGUAAUUGGAGAGAAACUAUCUGACAUUAUAAAGUCUAAAUACCUAAAUAAUUUAAAAACUUAAAACGAAAUGUGUAUACUUUA